UACACGCUAUUUCUUUAGGGGGAAAAGUUGCUCAGUAAUUGGUGGAAAUGAAAUAAAAUCAAAUUUGUAACCUAAGUAUCAGGCGUACAAGAAAAUAUCAAGUAAAAUAUCAUAGCUGACGACAUCCACGCUUUUCCCAUUAUGCUGUGUUAAAUUUGUUCAUUGUGCUUAUUACAGUUUCACUAUCAGAAGACAUGAAACAACUAUAUAUCUCGGAGAAAUGGUUGCUAAGGGAUACAAUUUCUGCGGAAUAAGAUAAAUGUGGUGAUUUUACAGACAUUGAUAGUGCUUAUAUCAUGCUGAAGAUAUAUGGUUGCAGUUAAUGGUGAUGAAAGAAUGGAUUGGACUCUUUCACAAUGAUUCUUUAUUUAAUAUUGACUGUCAUGUUACGAUUCCAGACUUAUUCAUCACUUCCACAGUUAGGAAAGAAAGUCGCAAAUCUAACAGAGGGACCAGUCAAAAGAUGUCGUCAUGAGUAUUCGUUUAGAGAGUAUACAUCCGGUAUAUUUAUGUCGCCACAAUUUCCCGAAAAAUACGGUAACGAGUUGAAAUGUGUUUACUUCUUCCGGGCUGAUGAUCGAGGAAGGAUAAAGAUUACAUUUGACCUUUUCAAAUUAGAAGGACCAAAUUCUGACAAGGGAUGUCAGUUUGACUACAUUGACAUCUAUAACAUAGAUCUCUCUGGAUUCAAAGUACUAAUGGAUAGAUACUGUGGGGAAAGUGUUCCGAAAGAAUUCAUAUCUCAACAAUCGAAAUUAGAAAUCGUAUUCAAUACAGAUUUUACCAAGACUCUACAUGGAUUUAUUGGACAUUAUGAAUUCCUGGACGAAAAUUGGCACCAAUUUGGAAUGUCGACUAUUGGAUGUGGGCCGGGAUUCCAUACAGGUAUGACUGGUAUAAUCACCUCUCCUAAUUAUCCAGAUAACCCAGGAAUCUCAACUGAACCUGGAUCUCGCUGUACCUGGAUAAUUAAAGUACAGGACAACGAAAAUAUUCUUAUCACUAUGGUGGAUUUAGAUUUAUCUAGUUGUUCACAUACACGUCUGCUGUUUUUCAAUGGAUUUACUGUACCGUUGUAUCCUGACGAAAACUAUUGUGGGAAAUCCCGAUACGUUCAGGAGGAUUUAGAAUUUAUUUCCGGCAGUUCUAGGCUUGUUAUAAGAUAUGAGGCUAAUCCUCAAGUAGAUGCCUCUAAAUUCAAAUUGGUUUGGACAGCAGUCACUAAAGUGGAAUUAGGAAAAUGUCACCAGUUUUUAUGUCAUGAGACAAAACACUGUUUGGAAAAGAAAAAUAAUGGAUGUAAAACCCCAACAUAUCAAUAUUGCAUCAACCAUUCAUUGUUGUGUAAUGGUCUUCCAAACUGUGGAGUAACUGACAAUAGCGAUGAAGCAAGAUGUUUAAACAGAUUGGUAUUCAUUAUAAUAUAUGUUGCCGUGCCCGUCUCAGCUAUUCUGUUAAUACUCGUAAUAGCAUUAUUGUGUUUUCGUUACCGAAAACGUAAACAAAAUGUAAUAAAAAUGGAGUCACAGAAGCCACCACAGACACAUUGGGUAUCACCACACAUUAGAACAUCAGAUCCAGGUUCCAUUGCUGCACAAUCCGCUACUUUGUUAACAACGAGUUUUGUUUCGGAUGAUAAAAAUACGACUGAUUUUGUUGAUAUGACAAUAGAUAGACGAAGAAAAAUUCAGAAUCGAACAAUUGAAAACAUUAAAAGUAGUGAAAUGUUUAAUAAAAGAAAAGAAAGAGAUAAAAAUGUUCAUUAUGAAGGAGUUGAUGUUGGUUCGAACAAUGAAGAUGAAAUUCAUGAUAUAGUGACACAUAAUAUUCAUUUAGAACCUCAGAUGCCUAAUCAAGGAUUACGAACUCAUAAAAAACGAUCAUCGUAUCAUAUGAUGGAAGAGCUAAAUUUAGAAAAUGGACCUGAUCCCGAUGCUCAACUAAACGUUUAGUGUUUACAUUAAGGGGUGGCACGCGUUUGGGGUGUCGGAUAUAGGGAAUAAAAAGUGGGGAUGUAGGAUAUAGGGAGUAAAAAAGUGGGACUGUGGGAUCUAGAGUUAAAAAAGUGGGACUGUGGGAUCUAGAGUUAAAAAAGAUGGGAUCUUGGAAUACAAAGGAAAACAAUUGGGAGAUUGAAAGAUAAUUACAAAAAAAACAGGAAUUGAUAAAUGAACACUUCCGUAUCACCACCUCUACAUUAUAGAAUUGAGAAUGUAAACCGGGAAUAUGUCAUAUGCCAUUCCAUCAUUUCAGUUAUUCAAAUUGACCAACUGCUGUAGAAUGUAUUAUAUUUUUUUCAUAUUUCAUUUCCUGAUAUCAUUAGUAUCUUUUUAUAUUAAAUCCUCAUUCUGUAUAUUGAAGCAAAAAUAAUUCCUAAUCAAUCGCAUCAUAUAUUUUUAUUCACAAAUGUGCAAAUGAAUCAAACUUAUGCAACUAUACUUUACAUUUCAUAUUACAUUACUUAAGUCCGUAAAUGAAAGUAGAUUUUAACAUAUUGAAGAUGUUUACAUAGAUAGUUGUGAGAUAAAUGUUAAAUUUAACAUAAUAAAUAGAUGACAAAGGAGCAGGUAAAUGAUAGUUUAAUAUUGACCUUCUAAUUUUUCAUAAAAACGAAGUUUUGUAAUUCUAAAUUCUAAAUUUGUAACAUUUGAUGAAAAAUUUGCAAAUUAGAUAGAUAGCUGGCAAAUACCAUAUCAAGCAAGUUUUGGCAUAUUCCAUCAGUGAUGCGUUUUAACAUCAUAGGAUGGAAGUCGUAAUUUUGAUAUACAUCAAGUUAGGUUUUUCUUUUAAUAACACUAACCACGUGCAUAGAACCAAUAUACUUUCUUGUUUGAAUGUGAAGCACGCCUCUUUUUCCCUAUGAAAGUUAACUUAUCCCAAGGUUGUGGCCCGCCAGUAUUUUCUGGAAAGCAAUAUGGUUUUAAAUGCAUUUAAAAUCUAAUAGAUCUCAUACCUGUGAAGAUAUAAUGUUUUAUGCAAAAAAUAAACUGUUAAAAAAUGCUUGGUUUACACUUUUGGUUUUCCGAAUAGGGUUUAUACUGUGCAUUACAAAAAGUCGUAUUUUCCAGUAGUUCACGCUUUAUGACGUUGCUGUAUAAAAAUCUUCUAUCAUGACCGCGACCGAUAUUAGAGUGAAGUACGACAAGAUUUCUUAUCAGUAGGUUAAAAACUUUGAGCUUGCCAUCAUUCUUUUACAUGGUAAAAUAUUAUUCAUUAGUUUGUGUCUUUUGUUAUCUAUAUUAUAUCACUAUUCUUAAAAGAGAUAAAGCGUUCACUGCACUGAAUCUUAUUGUAUGGUCUUCUAUGUAAGUUUUUUCGUCCACUGGUCUAGAUUAAACUGGGAUGACUGAGAUCUGAAUUAAUCAAAUAACCCCCGCCAUAUCUAGUUAAAAACUUCGUCGCUUGAAGUAUAGUGUAAUGUCUUAACGUGUUUUGUUAUUUUACGGUUUGGUGUUGAAGGUAGGUCUUUCAUUGUUUUUAUUUAAAUUAUUCGCUCCUAUAAUUACGAUUAAGAACUUGACGUAUUGUAAAUACACCUGUCCAGUCUUUUGUUUAGGAAUAUUAUGUUGCUCUCUAGAUGUCUUUUGCCUUUGCGUUGCUGUCUCA